AUGAACCUUCUUUUUAAGUUUUUUCAAUAUACGAAAAACGAAUUGGAAAAGAUUGAAAGAAAAAAAUUAAUUGAAAAAGAAGAUAGAAGGAAGGCUGAAUAAGAAAAAAUUAGAGAGGAGUAAGAAAGGAUACAAUAGCUUGAAGAGGAAAAUAAAAGGAAAGAUGAAUAAGAAAAAAUAAGAUAAGAGCAAGAAAGGAUAUUAUAACUUGAAGAAGAAAAUAUAAGGAAGGUUGAAUAAGAAAAGAUUAGAUAAGAGCAAGAGGAUGAAAGGAUAAGAUUACAAUAUUAGGAAAUGAUUGAAUAAAUCACAGCAAUAUAAUAAAAAGUUUAAAAACAACCAAUUCAGCAAUAAAUAGUGACAUUAAACUAAGAAAUAUAAAAGUUAGACAAUAAUAAUGAACUUACAAAUAAUCAAAAAUAAUACUAUAAAAAUUAAUAUUAAUAAUUACUAUUUACUAAAUUAAAGGAUUCAGGUUAAGCGAAAUCAAUUCCUCAUGUAAAGUAGAAAAUUGAGGAAUCGUUAUUAAGAGAUUAAAAUAGAGAAUUACUAGCAACAAGUUAAUAGUUUUCAUUUGGAUUUGAUUCAAUUUUAGGAGCAUAUGGUUCUGAUUAGUCUUGUCUUAAAGUUAGAAACACUAAUCUUGAUUAUGAUUCCAUUGUGAAUGAUACUUAAUUAUUAGAAUAGCAUUUAUUAGAAUUUAAAUAAAAACUAUCAAAUUCACUUAAUAUUUCAAUUGAUUAAAAUUUGAAAUUUUGGGAGUAUCAAAAGGAAGUUUUGAAAUUAAAUUUUAAAUUACAGGAAAAAAUAUCUAAGAGAUUUAAAACCAGAUUAAAAAUAAUCCUUAAGCAUAAAAAUUUUUGA